CUGCUACAACAGAGGGUUGUGAUGCUAACGUGAGCAAACACAACUAUAGAAGAUAGUUGUAAUUUCGCGUAGCAGGAAGAAAUGUCCCCAAACAAAGACGUGAAGUUUCCACCUUUGACACGGUCACAGAAGCAAAGAGCCACGUUUGACAAAGAUAUGCAGAAAGUCACAGUCCAUGCUAAAGAGGAAAAACAUGAAAGAUGGGCUGGUGUUUCAGCUCCAACCAGCUCAACAAGACCGCCCUGCUGGACGGGAAGCAGUUACUUGUAUGCAGGCGCGGGCAGAAAGCCUCCACUCCUGGUGCAGCUGGAGAGCUGUGUGAGCAGAGAGCUGCUCGCCAUCAGCCCGCAACACCCACAGUGUGAAGAACUAAAACUGCAGGUCUACAGAAACGUCUUUGGUUGUUUCAUUAGUGCAUUCAGAACCUACCAGCCUCUUCUCUCUGCCAUCAAAAACGAAUAUGAAAACGCUUUAGCUCAUCAGCAAGAUCAGAUCCAGGAACUGCGGUCCCACCUGAGACUGAUGACCGACGACUGGGACAGAAAGACUGAGGCGGGAUGGGGGGGGGCACAGGCGGAGGCCGAGGCCCUGAAAGGGGAGAAGCAGCAGCUGCAGAGGGACAUGGAGGCUCUGCGGCAGCAGGAAAAGGCCACGCAGACGCUGGUGGACCACCUGCAGGCAGAGCUGUCCAACCAGUACCUGCAGUACCGAGAGGAGCGGGACGCCCGCAGGCUGCUGAUUGGGCAGCUCAAUGUGCUGACCGAAGCCUGUGUGGUGCAGGACCCCCCCGCCCAGGAGGACACAGAGGACGUUAAGGACGCCCUGGAGCUGCAGCUCGCUCUGAAGGUGUGCCGGGGCGACCUGACUCAGACCCAGGAGCAGCUCCACCGGAUGAAGGCCGAGUACUGGGGCGUGGUCCCGCAGCGGGACUGGGACGCGUUGGAGCGAGCUCACCGGCAGGCUCUGCAGCAGCUGGAGACUCUGCGGGGAGACUUCGAUCUGCUGAGGAGCGAGUACGACUCCCUGCUGGAGAUCUAUAAACGGGCCGGCAUGCACCGCAACGCGCUCGUUUCUACCAGUGUGCAGAUUCUUCACAUAACGACUACAAUACCCAGAAUCCCCCGGGCCAUUGACGUCCGGUCGCGUCUGUACGUAGUAGAGAAGACAUUGCACUGUGCCAUCGUGCAGCUGGCCUUGGCGCUAGUGAGAGGGCGAAUCAGGAUGGGGGACCAGCCUCUGUGGGAGCAGAUAGGAUCCAGCUUCGUGCAGCACUACUACCAGAUGUUCGACUCGGACAGAUCACAGCUGGGGUCCAUAUAUCCACCUUUAAGCAUCCGGCCGUCAGGCCUGGGUGGGGCUCCUAAUCACAUGACUGGCUCGGCCAAUCAGAUUGAUUCAUCUUGCCUUACUUGGGAAGGACAACCGUACCAAGGAAAAAUAGCAAUUGUUGAGAAACUCACUAGCCUCCCCUUCACAAAGAUAGCGCAUAGCAUAACGGCGCAGGACCACCAGCCCACCCCGGACAGCUGCAUCCUGAGCAUGGUGGUGGGUCAGCUCAAGGUGAGUCCGGCUGCCGCGCACGGCCUCACAACAGCUCAGGCCCCCCCCCCCCCAGCGGUGAUAGCUGGCCCCGCUCACAGGAGUAGUUGGGCUGAUGAGGACCCCAUCAUGGGCUUCCACCAGAGCUUCAUCCUGAAGAACAUUAACGACGCCUGGGUCUGCACCAACGACAUGUUCCGGCUGGCCAUCCACAACUUCGGCUAAGCCGCGGCGCCGUGCUGGCGGGCGGAGCCGGCGGGCGGCGGCGCCGGGGGGGCGGGUCCCAGAUCUCCACCCCCGGACCCGGGCCAGGUGGGUUCUCCAGGCAGCCCGGCUAGCAGAACCACGGCUGGAGAGCCGGCCGGCCGACCGGCCAAUCGGACGCCCCCGUCUGCUGCCACGCCGCCGGCCUGCAUGAUGCCGGGGGCCCCUGGUCUGAGGGACAAACAGCCGACCGACGCCGCCGGCCCCUGCGGCCCGACCCGGUUCUGGCCUGUAGCUGCUGGCCGGGGCCAGGCGGCCGCUCCAGCCCCGACCUCCUGUGUUGACAUUUGUUUUUAGACGCCACUCGUGUUGCUUAGCUCGCCCUAGUGAGUCCGCCCCCCCCCCCCCCCCCCCCUCCCCCCCCCCCCCCCCCAGCUCUGGCUCCGCCCCCCCAGCUCCACCCUCUGGCUCCGCCCCCCGCCGGCCCACAGGACAAACCCGGACAGCAGUUUGACCUCGGUGUGUUGUUUUCUCUGACCCUGCAUUCUCUUGCUUUCUCACAUGUUCACAUGGACUUCAGCCACGAAACACAAUAAAACCUGGACUUUUUCUUAGCGUGUGUGGGCUCUCC